AUCUGUUAAAGUCAUUGUGUUGUCAAUAUCUUAUUAAAAAGAUGCCAUAGCGGAAACAAAUCAUGUUGCUUCUCCAGUAGCAUUCAGGAAAAUCAACUAAAGCAUGCUCAGGUGACAUAGAUGACUGCUACACUGCUUACCUGUCCAUCAUCAUACAAAGCCCGCCCAAUGGACUGACUCAAGACUGAAUUUCCUGCCCUCAAAUUCGAGGGCCGGCUUCCAGGCUAGCAGCACGUGUGUGAGAAAGGGGAAAAUGGCCAGUGCUUCAGUGUUGGAAGAGUUAAGCUGUUCAAUUUGUCUUGAUCUGAUGAAGGACCCAGUGACUGUUCCCUGUGGACACAGUUUCUGUUUGAACUGUAUUACAGGCUGCUGUAAUCAAGAAGACCAGAAGGGUGUUUACAGCUGCCCCCAGUGCAGGGAGACCUUCACUCCAAGGCCUGUUCUACGCAGAAACACAAUGCUGACUGAAGUUAUAGAGAAGCUGAAGAAGACUGAACUGCAGUCUGAUGCUAAGACUCCUUUCUACGCCGGCCCAGGUGAUGUGGAGUGUGAUUUCUGCACUGGGAGGAAACAUAAAGCCAUCAAGUCAUGUCUAACAUGUCUGGUUUCCUAUUGUGAAGUUCAUAUUCAGCCUCACUAUGAAGUGCCUCGUCUAAGCAAGCACAAGGUGGUGAAUGCCACCUCGCAGCUACAUGAGAAGAUCUGCUCUCAGCAUGACCGGAUUAUUGAGGUGUUUUGUCGCAAAGAUCAGAAGUUAAUCUGUCUGCUGUGUUUGAUGGAUGACCAUAACGGACAUGAGACUGUAUCAGCUCUGGCAGAACAAACCGAGAAGCAGAAAACAUUAUUGCAGAUGAAGGGGUAUAACCAGAAGCAACUCCAGCAGAAAGAGAAGGAGGUGGAGGAGGUCAAACAGGCUGUGAAGUCUCUGCAGGCCACCACACAGGAAGCUGUUGAGGAGACUGAUGGGAUCUUCACUGAGUUGAUCAGCUUCAUGGAGCAAAAGCGCUCUGAGGUGACCGAGUCGAUCAGAGCUCAGGAGAGGGCAGAGGUGAGUCGAGCUGAAGGACUCCUGGACCAGCUGGAGUUGGAGAUCACUAAACUGAAGAGCAGAGAUGCGGAGAUGGAGAAACUUCAGCCAAUAGAGGACCCCAUUGAUUUCCUCCAGAGUUUCCAAUCACACUUCACUUCCUCAUCUGUGACUAAGACCCUUCCCAAGGUCACUUUUAAGCCACAGUUCUCCUUCAGUGAAGUGAUGAAAUCAGUGUCCCCAUCUCUGAGAGACAAGACAAAACGGUUCCACCAGGCAGUAUUCAAAGUCACAGGCUUCAUAAAGGGAGACAUGGUCAAACUGAAGACUCCUGAGACCAUUUCCAAGACCCUUCUCUGUGGGUACAGCAGCCACACAUAUAAAAUCACUGUUGGUGGUGUGGGUGUGGUCUCAGAUUUGAUAGGGAGAGAUUACAUGACUGUUAUCUUCCCUGACCACCCUGGCUGGUUGGGGAGUUCAUCUAGGCUGGAACUGGUAUUCGCAAUAAAUUAAAAUUCAGAAUCACUUAGACAUUUAUUUUUGACCAACCAAACCACAAUAUCCUUCUGGGCAGAAUGCUAAAUGUUUUGCAACCUGUAUUUAAUCCUACAGUGCAUGUCAGUUUUGCAGUUGUAUAGUAAAAGGAAACUUUAACAUUUGUGAUGAAUGAAAUGACCUUGUUCCUUGGUCAUGGAGUUGUAUUUCAAGUCAAGAUUUAUGUGUAUUGUAAGAGAGCUAAUUUAUAUAUUGUUGUUGACCAGUGUAAUAUGUGGAAGCUUAAUAGGAGAUAAUUUAAAUAGACAUCUCCUUGCUCUAGCUUGAUUGUUUAUUCUUAAUAAAUGUCUUCAAUCCUGAA